GUUGAGCCCGCUCAGCUGCUUGGAGUUGACUCGCUGCUCCAGGAACUCCUCUGGCGGGGUCGGCGUGUGUCACUUUGCAACACAGAGGCCAUCGCCUUGGGCUGUCUGAGCGUCCGCUGGGGACGGAACCCUGCCCGCCCAGGCAGGGUGCAAAAGCUCGCUAUCCUUGGCGGGCCGGGCUCUGGCUCCUGGACUUAGGCGGCUCACUGGGCCCGCGCCAGCGCCUCCCCCAUGCUGCUAGGAGCGUCCUGGCUGUUGGCGUCCAAGGCGGCGGCCACUACAGCUCGGAGCGACGAGGGCGACGACAGGAAGGGUGAGCAGCAGCAGGAGGCCCAAGCGAGGACUGACGAGGACAUGGACGAGUCAUCGCUGCUGGACUUGCUGGAAUGCUCCGUAUGCUUGGAGCGCCUGGAUACCACGGCCAAGGUGUUACCAUGCCAGCACACCUUCUGCCGCCGCUGUCUGGAGAGCAUCGUGUGCUCGCGCCACGAGCUACGCUGUCCCGAGUGCCGCAUCCUAGUGGGCUGCGGUGUGGACGAGCUGCCCGCCAACAUCCUGCUGGUGCGCCUGCUGGAUGGCAUUCGCCAGAGGCCCCGCACGGGCACCAGUCCAGGGAGCAGCCCUCCUGCGCGCCCGGGCCCCAGUACGUUCCCGGCGCUCGCUGGUGUUCCAGGAGGUGCGACCAGCAGUCCCCCGCGUUCCCCGGUCUUUCUUCCAGCCGCGGCAGGCAGCUCUACCUCCAGUUUGUGCGACGUGGCGUCUAACAGGAGCGUGCCAGUGGCUAAGAAUCUAUCCCAGCUUCCCUAUGGCAAGGCCCUCUACAGCUAUGAGGGGAAAGAACCUGGUGACCUCAAGUUCAACAAAGGGGACAUCAUCAUCCUGCGGCGUAAGGUGGAUGAGAACUGGUACCACGGGGAGCUGCAGGGGACUCAUGGCUUCCUCCCAGCCAGCUACAUCCAGUGUGUCAGGCCCUUGCCACAGGCUCUGCCCCAGGGCAAAGCCCUGUAUGAUUUUGAGAUGAAGGACAGAGACCAAGACAAAGAUUGUCUGACCUUUACUAAGGAUGAAGUUUUAACUGUGAUCCGGAGAGUGGAUGAUAACUGGGCUGAAGGCAUGCUGGGAGACAAGGUCGGGAUUUUCCCACUCUUGUAUGUGGAGCUCAACGACUCCGCCAAGCAACUCAUUGAGAUGGACAAGCUGUGCCCUGCCGCUGCCGCCACUGCAUGCAACCAUGACGCCCUCCUGCCCUCCGACCCCAGCACAUUAGCCAGCGUGGCCUCAGGUCCCACCCUAAGUAGCUCAGGGGCAGUCAGUGCCUUUCAACGACGUGUGGACAGCAAGAAGAAUGCCAAGAAGCGCCACUCCUUCACUGCGCUCAGUGUGACCCACAAGUCCUCCCAGGCGGCCAGCCACAGGCACUCCAUGGAAAUAAGCGCUCCGGUGCUGAUCAGCUCCAGUGAUCCACGUGCUGCAGCCAGGAUUGGGGAGCUGGCCCAUCUGUCCUGCACCGUCCCCUCCCAGGACUCCUCUUCAGCUGGACCUGUCCCCACAGCCAUCCCACGAGCUGCCGCGGUGGCUGGAGAACAGAGCAUGUCUCCCAAAACCCAGCUGCCCCUCAACGUGUACCUGGCUCUCUAUGCAUACAAACCCCAGAAGAAUGACGAGCUGGAGUUACGUAAGGGGGAGAUGUAUCGCGUGCUUGAGAAGUGCCAGGACGGCUGGUUCAAGGGGGCUUCACUGAAAACCGGGGUCUCCGGGGUGUUCCCCGGGAACUACGUGACACCCGUCUCCAGGAUUCCUGGAGGAGGUACUGGGUCACCCUGGAAUAAUAUGCUCGGAGGGUCCCCAUUGGCCAAGGGGAUGGCAACCAUUAUGCACCCUGGAGGUGGCAGUCUGAGCAGCCCAGCCACCGCCACCAGGCCUGCUCUGCCUCUCACUACCCUGCAGGACCAUAUGCAGCACACAGCCACCUCCCUACCAACGGGUAGCUGCCUUCGGCACACUGCUCAACCAAUAGCCGGCCAAGCUGGGGGUACCACCAUCCCAACAGCUACCCAUCCUUCAGCCCAGGCCUUGGAUCGACCGACUGCCACCGUGUCGCCCCUGCGCACUCAGACUUCUCCAUCCCGCCUGCCCGCCACCAGCCUCCGCCCCCGCUCCGUGGUGUCCCCGCAGCACAGCCAGCAGCCCCCCACGCAGAUGUGUUCCUGGCCAGCCAUUCCUUUUACAUCAGCAGCAUCGGCCAUCACACCUCCCAACGUCAGUGCUGCCAACCUCGGCGGGGAGGUUGGAGGGACGCCCAUCGCUGGCCUGUCCAUACCCAGCCCCGUCAACACAGGGUACAAGCCAGACGACAAGAAAAAUGAGAAGAAGGAGAAGAAGAGUGGGCUGCUGAAGCUGCUAGCUGGGGCAUCCACCAAGAAGAAGUCCCGCUCCCCACCAUCUAUAUCUCCAACGCACGACCCCCAGUCUGCCCUGGAUACCUCACUGCAGGGUGCUGUGGGCCCUGAAGUGUCCCCAUUGACCGUCCACGGCAGGGCAGGUUCCUGCCCCAUAGAAAGUGAGAUGCAGGGAGCCAUUGGGUUGGAGCCACUGCACAGAAAAGCCGGCUCUUUGGAUCUGAAUUUCUCUCUGUCCCCUUCUCGGCAAGCAACUCUGUCCAUGGCUUCCAUCCGCCCUGAACCUAAGCCACUGCCCAGAGAGAGGUACCGUGUGGUGGUCUCCUACCCUCCACAGAGUGAAGCAGAGAUUGAACUAAAGGAAGGUGAUAUCGUCUUCGUACACAAGAAACAUGAAGACGGCUGGUUCAAGGGGACUCUGCAGCGGAAUGGCCGCACGGGCCUCUUCCCAGGCAGCUUUGUGGAGAGCUUCUGAAGGCCACUGCUCAUGUCCAGUUCUGCCUUCCAGGAGAGGGUACCCAAGAAAGCACUGUGUGAGCAGAGGAAGCCUUGUCACCUAGGUCCCAGGACCUUUCUAAAGCACCUGAUUGGGGCGAUGACGCGGUUUUGAAGUCCUAGUUGAAAGCACAUAUGGAUGCCAUCCUGGUUGUGACAGCCAUACCCUCAAGUGACAUAUGGAUGCCGUCUUGGUUGUGACGGCCAUACCCUCAAGUAACAUAUGGAUGUCGUCUUGUGACGGCCAUACCCUCAUCGAAAGCACACGAGUGUCCUUCAAGAUCAUGCCAUGAGUCUCAGUGACCAGUACCACAGAAAAAGUUGCCCACGUAGACAAAUGCACUACUAUGCCAUCCAGCAGCUAAGGCAAUCUUAGUCAGUGCACGGUUGGGAGCCUGGGUGUAGUGUGGGGCCGUGUGCUAGGGCUGACAGCAAUGGAGAGUAACUUCCCCGGCUGUCCUGGGCAUCAUUCCUCUAUAUACCUCUGACACCUGCCAUCAAGCCCCACACACAGGGCAUUUGUGGUUGAGGAGCCUCACAUAAGGGCUCUGAGUCUCCAAGGUGUCCAGUGGGGUCCUGUUGGGUACCACAGAAUCCUUAUGGCUUUGUCUCCUACCAGGAUGAUAAGGAACACAUUUUGGUUUUGCCACCACUGUCUCUGCAUUGCUUCCUUCUUAUGGCACCUUUUUAACGUACAAGUCUUAAACUUUAUAUAUUUCUAAUAGGUCAGACGCUGCAUAUUUUUCAUGCAUCUGGUGCUGAUUUUUGUAAAACUAGAAAUCACUUGGGUAAGCUUCGAGGAAAGAAAUUGAGGUAACAUCAAAGGAAAGUUUUAUAUAUUCCCAUAUGAAGUUGGGAGCAUAUUGAGGAAUUCCUGUCUGUAAAAUCUAAACAUUGCCCGGUGCUUCCAUGAGGUGAGGGAGAAAGUCUGCCGAGAUGGUCACGUGGAGUCGGAGAGGGUCUUUCCCAGCUGCUGGCAAUAGCCUAAACCACAUGCUCCGUCUAUGUAGCAGUGACUAUGAUUUUUUAAAAAAUGGAAACGUUUUGAGGAAUUUAUUCUGCCUUUUUGUGUGGCAGGAAAGCACACACACACACACACACACACACACACACACACACACUGACCCCUGAAGCUCCCUUUGAUUGCUUUAGAGAGAAUGGCUAAAAAUAGCAUUCUUAAAGUGUGUCUUGCUGCCAAAAUGCAGCUUUUACAACAGCUCAGAUCACUACCUUGCAAAGGUUUUUGUCUCCAUUUAAAAAAAUAAGUAACUUCCCAUAUCAGGCCAGGCAAAAUUCCAUCUGCUAGAGACCAAAGGUACCAUGAUAAUAAGAGUCUAGCUCAUGACUCCAGGCUUCCAGGGCCUGGGGACACUGGAAAAAGAAACAGGAUGGUUUCUUUGGCCCUGAGGCCUUCCUGUAAAGUUCACUGGAGAAACAGCUUGCUUCCCAGGAGGUUCCCUGAAUGGCCAUCAAGAGGUGUGAGUGGCACACUUAGAAUCACUUUUUUUUUUCACCUCAAAAAUAUCAAUCUGUGAUCCUCUUGUGUACCUUUUUUACAAAACCACCCAGCCCUGUGCCAGCCUUUGGUAUCAGGGGCUAUCCCUAGUUUCUGUAAUAAAAUAAGGACCACUCACCCUCAACGUUCCUAUUUGAGGCUAUGAUUUAACUAGGCGUGACCGCCACAUGAAAGCAUUGACGCCUAGGGAAAGUCUCUUCCUCCAUGAUAAUAGACUUACUGGACAUAAGAAAACUCUUCUGAACCAAUGAGCUUAGGCAUAGGGGUCCCUGUGUGCAGGGUCAGUGACAACCACAAGGUCUCUAGUCACUGCCACUGCUAAACUACUUGCCCAUCUGUGCACAGAUCUGUGUAUGGUUAAAUCCAUGCUGUCACCAGGGAGGUAUACCAGGAUAUUUCCUGGGAGAGACGUGUUUCUAGUGGAGCCAGAGCUAACUCCGGUUUCCAGACAAUCAAAGUCCCCUUUUCCCUCCUCAACAAGAUCGACUUGGAGUCAACAGGUCAACUUUGACCUGUCCUCCUUUCUCGUGAUGGUGAGGAGGUAGCAGCUUGAUAGAAUGCUGAGGAAAGUAGCAAGGUUUGGACAACACGAGGGGGACCCUCUCCUAACAAAGUCCUGGGUUUACACAGGAACUAUCUUGGGAGGGAAACAGGGCCCUAGGACUCAUUCCAAGGUGGGGCUCGUAAAAAUACACAAUGAGCCCCAUGGUCUAAGUAUUUUGAAUACUCUCAAACCCUUUAACUUUCAAAAUCAUGUAUUCCACAGUCCAGAACAGAAAAGAGGUACCUUUCCUGGUGUACCUUUGAGGACACAUGUCUUGGCUACCAAACUGUGAAGCCAGCAGCCCAUCUAGAAACUUCACUUUCUAUCCUGGCCAGUGGCAUGUGCUUCUUACUCAUACAAUGGCAUUUGGUGGCCAGGUGGUUUUCCUUGAAUAGUUCUCAGCCCUUCAGAUUGAAGGUCACCAUGGAGACAGGACAGUCCAGCCCCAAGAAGAUUGAAGGAAGGAACAAGAGAGAUAAGACAAGAUGGUCUGUGGUGGGGUGUGAAUAUAAGGCUGGGCACUCCAAAACCAUUCCGGUAGACACGGAAGCCCUUGUACUUUGUACAACACACAUACACACAAGCGUGCAAGCACAUGUCCCCAACCCCACAUUGUUUCUAUUAUACACCAAUGUCAGUCUGUAAUUUUGGAUGAAUUGACAGUAGUGGCAAACUAUGAUGCCUGUGUUUCUGAGUCUUUAAAUAAACAUGA